UCUCUUUUCUUAAGAGCCGCGCACUAUUGGGCUGGGCCUGGCUGCGGUAGCCAGUGGGACAGAUCGAGGCCAGGGUCAGAAGGGCGAAAGAACAGUUCGCCGAGCCACCAGAAGCCGGCCAAGAUGAUCAAGCUAUUCUCGCUGAAACAGCAGAAGAAGGAGGAGGAAUCGGCUGGCGGCACCAAAGGCUCCAGCAAGAAAGCUUCUGCCGCGCAACUCCGCAUCCAGAAAGAUAUAAAUGAACUGAAUUUGCCGAAAACAUGUGAAAUAGACUUUUUAGACCAGGAUGAUCUUCUCAAUUUUAAACUAGUUAUCUGCCCUGAUGAGGGAUUUUAUAAAGGUGGGAAAUUUGUGUUCAGCUUUAAGGUCGGGCAAGGUUACCCGCAUGAUCCCCCCAAAGUCAAGUGUGAGACUAUGGUGUAUCACCCAAAUAUAGAUUUAGAAGGCAAUGUUUGCCUAAAUAUUCUCAGAGAGGACUGGAAGCCUGUACUAACAAUAAACUCUAUAAUUUAUGGCCUGCAGUAUCUCUUCUUGGAGCCAAACCCCGAAGACCCCUUGAACAAAGAGGCUGCUGAAGUACUCCAGAACAACAGACGCCUGUUUGAGCAGAAUGUCCAGCGCUCGAUGCGGGGUGGCUACAUUGGUUCCACCUACUUUGAGCGCUGCCUCAAAUAGAACUGACUGGCUCCGGGCACAAACUUGCUCCCCCUCCC